UCUGAGGGAGUUCUUGCUCUCAGCCUGUCAUCUCUGCAUCUCCUCUCAUCCGCUGUCAUUGCUGUGUGACAUGAGUUCUUGUGGCGAGAUGGGGGAGGCCAUCGAACUCAGUACCAGGGAGCACGUGACCCCGGAGAUGAACAAGCUUCGUCAGAGCCUGAGGAGGAAGAAGCCCACCUACGUGCCAGAGGCCAGCAGACCGCAUCAGUGGCAGGCUGACGAGGAGGCUGUGCGUAAGGGCAAAUGUAACUUCCCUGUUCGGUACCUGGGGUUGGUCGAGGUGGAGGAGUCGAGAGGGAUGCACGUAUGUGAGGAGGCGGUGAAGAAACUAAAAGUUAGUGGGAAAAAGACAGUAAAGGCUGUAUUGUGGGUUUCAGCUGAUGGACUCAGGGUGGUGGAUGACAAAACUAAGGACCUCAUUGUGGACCAGACCAUAGAGAAGGUUUCAUUCUGCGCACCUGAUCGCAACUAUGACAAGGCCUUCUCCUACAUCUGCCGAGAUGGUACUACCAGACGGUGGAUGUGCCACUGCUUCAUGGCUCUCAAAGACUCGGGGGAGAGACUGAGCCAUGCAGUUGGCUGUGCCUUUGCCGCCUGUCUGGAGAGGAAGCAGCGCAGGGAGAAGGAGUGCGGCGUGACGGCUUCUUUUGACGCUAGCCGCACCUCAUUUGUGCGUGAGGGCUCCUUCCGCUCCAACCCUUCCUGCCAGCAGAGCAGCAGCAGCGAGAGAGAUGACAAACUGCACGACAAGAAGAAAGACCAACCUUCUGCCAUCCCAGCCCUCCCACCUGGCACAGCCUCCCCACCUGAGGGUGCAGCAUCCCCCAUGGAGCGGCCGGAGCCUGGCGGACCUCACGCCAUCCCUCGCCGCCAUGCGCCCAUUGAGCAGCUGGUGCGUCAGGGCUCAUUUCGGGGAUUCCCAGCCCUCAGUCAGAAGAACUCUCCCUUCAAGAGGCAGCUGUCACUCCGCCUCAAUGACCUGCCAUCUACACUGCAACGCAAGACUGACUUCCAGGACAAGAACCCUGUACCAGAGAUGGAUAUGGGGUUGCCAGGUGAGGGAGACUGUAGUAUUAACGCCCUGUGUAGUCAGAUUAACACCUCUUUCACCAAUCCAUCGGACGAGCUCUUCUCCAACCCCUCUUUGUCUGCAAAUGGCCCUCAAACCUGCACUGUGCCCCCUGCCCUGCCUCCACCACCUGGACCACUGCAGGGGACUUCUUCCUGGGUGCAGCCUGAACCUCCACUCCACUCUCCUCCUCCAGUUUCUGUGGCCAUGCAGAUACAGAUGCAGAGUGGACACAGGCGUACACCCUCCGAGGCUGAAAGAUGGCUGGAGGAAGUCUCCAAGGCCGUCAAGGCUCAGCAGACCCCUCCCCCUGGCCCCACCAUCCCCCCCAUCCCCCCCAUCCCCGGCCCACCCCCCAUGUCGAGUCAGCAGAUGUCCAGUCAGGCAGUUAUAUCAGCUGCCCCAGUAACCACUGUCCCUAUGUCCCUUGGCACCAUGUCCAAACCUCUCCUUUCGGGCCCCUCUGCUCUCUCAGGUCAGGCGCCGAUGCCCCUCCCGCCCAUGUCAAUAUCAUCAGUUCCUCUAAUACCAGGCCCUCCAGUGUCAGGACCCCCGAUGUCCCUACCCUCCAUGUCCAUUCCAACCAUGUCUGGUCCGAGUAUGUCCGGGGCCUCCAUGAUCCAGCCCUCCCUCCCUGGGCCCCCAUGCUCCCUUCCAAGCUCCAUGCAACCCUUCCCCUUGGCUUUUGAUACAACGCCAGCUCCUGUGGGAAUGUUCGCCAGCCAACCUGUCCAACCGGCAUUCGUGCCCAUGCAGACCUACAUGCCAGGCCUGGCCAGCAGCAUGACAUAUCCCAAUGCCAGUGUGCCAGUGGUAGGCAUCACACCAUCGCAAAUGGUGGCUAAUGUCUUCUGCACUGCUACAGGCUCAUCUGGUGCAGGUGGAUCCAUGGGCUCGGCCGUAGGAGGACCCAAAGUGGGACCACUUGGAACAACAGGGCAGCACCAUUCUUACACAGGAGUGCCGAGUGCAGUCGGGCACCCUGUAGGGUUUUCCACACCACCGUUCUCUCCUACUCCGGCAUUAUCGACAGCCAUUAAUGGCCUCCCACCGCACAGCAGCGCCUCGAUGGCCCUCCAGAAUGGAACCGCCUCCAGUGGUGGGAAUGGUGGAAGCAGUAGCAGCUGGCCACCAGAGGGCAGCCAGCUAACAGCUCCAGCAGCUAGCGAUUCUCAAGACGAUGAUCGUUUUGAGGCCAAGUGGGCGGCACUGGAGGCCAAACCAGCACCUCAGCAGCAAGGGAAUAAGGCACCAGCUGCAGCAGCCAACCCAUUUUCCAACAAUCUUCAAAAGACUUUUGAGAUUGAGCUUUAAGCCUGAGUUGGUCUCCCAAAGCUGUAGCUCUUUCCCCGAAGUUCAAGCCUGAGAAAUGCGGGCCUAGAACACGAUGCAGGUCCUUAAAGUAAGCCUCGCAUCUGACAUGUGGCAGCCUAGCAACUUGCUAAAAGCUCUCAGAGGAGUCAGUGAUAUAAUGAUCCUAUUUGCUUUCUUUACCCUCCUAUGAGAGUUUUGGAAGAAGUUGACAAAUUGCUGGGCUGCCAUUGGACGAUCAGGUCUCUAGCUCACUAGACUUGAUGGACUGAAUCCUUCCACCCCACCUGCUACCCACCUCUCUUUCCUGCUUUCACUUCUCCACUCUGGCUUUUCUUUACUUGCUACAAGUCCCUGGAUGUACUGUAUGUGCCCCCCUGAGGACAUUGUAGGGGGGACACAGCUCAGUGGUUUCUUUCUUUAAAAGGAGACUCCACUCAGAUGCAUUCCAAACCCAUGUAUUUUUUCUGGUGGAGGAUUGCGGUGCAGAAUUUAGUGGAUAUGGCUACAUGACAAGAUGUGUAGAGCGGCAAAGAGUUGACUGAUGAUCAGACCAAUGCUGAUCUUAGCCAAGCACAGCAAAAGUUUGGAUACCUGAACGGACUAGCCAAUGAUGUAAGACCCCACCCUACCAACCCAAAAGGACUUACUGACUAAUAGUAGAGAUUUAUGGCCAAAUUAUUUUAUUUAUUGUACUUCAUUUUUAUUUUAACAAGUUAUAUAUACUUAAAAAUCAAAUUUUUAAAGCAGUGUUUUAGGAACGUGUUUUUUUUUUCAUCCCCGUAUUUAUUUUUGUUGAACCGUAAAGAGGAGGGAAACUACAGGUAGCAGACAGCUAACGUGUGAUUGGGCAGUAGUAGAGGGAAAGCAUUGUCUGGAAACGGAGUCAUGUAACUCAAACCAAAUAGCUAGGGCUUAAUGCAGUGUGUAGUGCGACAUGUGAGACAGUUACUGUAUAUAGCGGCAUGUUUCUUCCGCCUGUUAGUCCUCACAUAUUUACACUUCAGUGCUGGUAAGACCUUUUGAGCCAAAAUGGCAUCACUUUGGCUCUGUAGCCCAUUUCUUUUGCUAAAGCCUACUUUCAAGGUUUACUCACUUCAGGAUAUCCGGCACACAGACACUGGACAAUGCACACAACAAGGACCCCAUCUUCUCCACACAAACCCAAGGAACGUUAACAACUCAGUGGAAACAAAACAACACUCUUCAACACUGUGCAACUAGUUUAAAAAAAUGAUGCACUACAUUCCAGCACUCAUUAUCCUUUUAUGUGUUCAAACACAGGGUAAAGUCUCAUCACGAACAGUAUGAUUGUGUAGCCACCUUUUUGCAUUUAUUUCAGAUUUUGGGAUUGAUGAUUAGAGGUGAAAAGAGAUGAGGAACAUGAGCAGACAUAAAUCGAGGCCUAGCAAAUGGAGAAGCUGAGAGAAAAAAAGGAUACAUUUCAAAUGCAGCCUUAUAACCCUUUUCCACUAAAAUUAACUAAAUAUAUUCUCACUGGUUCUUUCCCAUUGCCAGUAGACCAGAGCUGUCUACACACCUCUGCAGCUGACGAGUAGGCCUCUGUGUAUAUGUUUUUUGGGUUUUUUUUUGGUGUGUCUCGUUCGUUGUCACAGACAGGCCAAAAAACAGGUUGUAAACAGUAGAAAGCAGCAUGGAGGCCUAUGAAAAUGGUAAGAUGGCUACUUAUUUUUAUAUAUCUCUCUCUUAUUCAGUCUAUCUUUCACACUUGGUGCAGACCAAUUUGGAUCAAUGUUUGAGUGCUGCUUGGAUGGAGAUGGAUGAUAUUUUGUGGUGGCACGUCACUGCAUGAUGCCAGUAAAGGGGCUAAAAAUAUCAUGUUCACAUGGGUGUUGUUUUUCCAUCACUGCCAUUCGGAGCCGAAGCUGAUAAAUACCUGUAAUUACUGCAGAGUCAUUUGACCUCGGUGUGAAUGCCGAUUAUAACCUUUCUGCUUAUAUACAAAAGCCAAUAUGUAAGUGGGUGUUAGUGCAUAAGAAAGGGGCUUAAAGAACAUUUGAUUCAGAGGUGAACAGGAAGAGAAAAUAUAGAACAGCAGAAGAAUAGAUAGCUAGAGAAAAGAAGGAAGGGUAAUGUGUAUGUGAGAGACUGAAGGGGAGAAUGGAAUCAUACCUUUAAAAAAUGAGAAGGAGGAAGUCUGAAGAAAGGAAAAUUAGAUAAGAUGUGAAAAAAGAUAUAAGAAGGAGACGGGGUGUGUAAAAAUAUUGAGAAGAUACUGAGAAAAAGACUCAAUCAUCAUGUUGCUCAUAACCUGAGCACUGUCUGAUGUUUUUACAUCUUUUGUCCCUAAGCUAAGCCACUUCCAUUACAUGUUUCUCAGCUCCUAACGCCUCAAAAACAACACUUUUGCUUAUAUUUUUAAAAGAUGUUACUUAUUACAUAAUUGAAGUCUCAUGUGCAACUCCCCAUAUAGACAAAGCUUCAGUAAGGUCAACAAAGCUUCUGUGUUUGAACUUGCGGUCAUAACAGACGCAACAUUACAAACUAAAAAAAUAUAAGGGCUGUUCCAUGUGACGUGUAACGAACAGGUGGUUUCUGUAUGUUAUAUAAAAACUGGUAUCUGACCAGAGAUGCUCCUGCUAUGUUCCUUGGGAAUUUAAUUGUAUGGAUGUGGACUGCCACUGAUUAGGUUUCCUGCUCAUUAACUCCCUGCAGUUUAAUUAGCUCAUUAGGUCUCUUCCUGUGGCAGCCAUCCCAUCUGAAAGGCUGUCUUCCCAGAGAUCUCAAAUUUAUGUGUCUCCGGCCUAAUUUAUACCAUCUCAGGUCCUUACAGUGUUUUUCUCCCUUUUUUAAAAAAAUUCGGAUAAAUAAAUAUUUCUUCCCUACCAAAAACAAAUCCAAAUUGCUCUCUUUACCCUCCUCUCUCUGCAAGACCAGACUGGUUCACUCAUAGAAUCAGUGCUUUUAUUUCAUUGAAAAUAUAUUUUAGACUCUUGUUUGCACGCCCUCCAAAAUUAUAAAUGUAGGUUAAUUGUGUUUCCACGUUAAAGCAAACUAAAUGACCUCAUAAACUUGAUUGUAAAACCAUAGUUUAGUGAUGGUAACAAAGCAAACCAGUGGAAUUUAUUUUUAAUCUUUAUUUACAGAAUUUUUGUAUUUAAACCUACAUAUUUGUAUUGUAAUUACAUUGUACAAAAGAUAAAUAAAGUAAUAUAAUAUUACUCCUGUU